AUGGCUCUUCAUCGUAUAUCCACAUCAUUGGUGGGGCGGUACAUGUGCUUCACCCUCCGACGUGAUGCCAGCUGCCGGAUCAGACUUUCGACGUUUCAGAAGUGCACCACUGCAAUUAGGCAGCUUGCCUAUGUCAGGCUGGCUGACAUGUUCGACGAAUACCUACAUAUGGAUACUGCUAGAUAUGCACGGGAGGGUGCACGGUUUUCCAGGGAUGAUGGGCAACAUCGAUUGCAAGCACUGGGAGUGGAGGAAUUGCCCGGUGGCUUGGAAAGGGCAGUUCACUACUGGAUUCAAAAACAAACACCCCUCGAUGAUUCUGGAAGGUUAAAUAACAACAUCAACGUUCUGCAAUCGUCGCAUCUCUUCAAUGACGAGUGCCGGGAUGAGGGUCCAGAGGUCAGAUUCGUGGCCAACGGCACGCCGAAGGAAUCCUAUUUCAUGCAACGUCAAGAGAGUGCUAGGAAGGAUGUUGAGCGAGCUUUUGGUGGGCUCCAAGCGCGAUGGGGCAUUAUAUGA